AUGAUCGCUUUCAACACCAUCGUCGCAUCUCUACUCUCCAUCUCAUCUUUCACCACCGGCAGUCCAACAGGACGCCAGGCACCCACCUACCUCAACUGGAAGACCUUCAAAGCCAACGGCAUCAACCUUGGUGGAUGGCUUGCCCAAGAAGCCGUUAUUGACCCAGCCUGGUGGUCGCAGAAUUGCGGAACCACGACUGAUGAGUGGACCUGCUGUGCCAAACUAGGAUCGCAAUGCGGUCCUGUUUUGGAGCGUCGCUAUGCUACGUUCAUCACACCCGCCGAUAUCGACAAGCUAGCCACUGCUGGUGUGAACGUCUUGAGGAUCCCCACAACCUACGCUGCAUGGGUCAAGGUUCCUGGCAGUAACUUCUACAGCGGCGGCCAAACUCGGUUCUUCAAGAACAUCGCAUCCUACGCAAUCGCAAAGUACGGCAUGCAAAUCAUCCUCGACAUUCACUCCCUUCCUGGUGGAGUGAACGGUAUGGGCUUUGGUGAAGGCGAAGGCCGCUUCGGUUGGUUCAAUAACGCCACGAACCUCGACUAUUCCCUACGCGCUGUCGAUGCAGCACUGGCCUUUAUUCAAUCCUCUGGCAGUCCGCAAUCAUACACUCUAGAGCCGAUCAACGAACCGGUGGACAAUCGCGACAUCACAACCUUCGGCACACCAGCCGCGUUGACAGACAACGGUGUCGCAUGGGUACAGAAGUACAUUGACGCGGCUAUUGCGAAAACAGCAGCCGUCAAUAAGAACAUACCCGUGAUGUUCCAAGGCAGCUUCAGAGGUGAAGCGUUCUGGUCUCCCAAGUUCCCAGCGUCUACCAAUCUCGUCUUCGACGUACACAACUACUAUUUCGCUGGCCGCCCAACAGACUCUGAUACCGUGAGCGCAGACAUCUGCUCUGAUGCCAAGGCAUCGGCAGGAGAUGGCAAGUUUCCUGUAUUCAUCGGUGAAUGGUCGAUUGAGACGGUGGCGGACAACAAAUUUGCAAAUCGUCAGAAGAAUCUGAACACCGGGCUGUACGCCUUUGCAAAGUACACUAGGGGUAGCGCUUACUGGACUGCGAAAUUCUCUGGGAAUGUGCCGGUAGCUGGCGAGGGGGUGCAGGGAGACUAUUGGAAUUACUCGGCUUUUAUCGAUAUGGGUAUCGUUAAGCCUGGUGAAGGCGCGAAGUAUUGUUCCUAA